AUGGCCACCGAGAAAGUAUCAUUUUUAGAAAGUCAGCAAAGUAGGGAAAUCAUAGAAUUAAGUCAGCUUUUACAGGAAACUAGUGACAAUGUCACAACGAGCCCUUCAGGCUUACCACUAUCUGCCAAACGCCCGGUUAUUAAAAAAAUAUUGGAAGCAAUGGCGGCAGGGAUAGACGUGUCGUCUCUAUUUGGCAAUGUUGUCAAGGCAGCUUCCACAAAAGAUUUAGUUCUCAAAAAACUAGCCUAUAUAUACAUAUCAACGCAAGCUGAACAAAAUGCAGAUCUGGUAAUACUAGCAAUCAAUACUUUUCAAAAGGACCUUCACGAUGAAAAUUUAUUUGUGAGAGGGUUAGCAUUACGUACAUUAUGUUCAAUGAGGCUCUCAGAAUAUGUACCAUACAUGCUUGAAUCUUUAAAUUCUGCUUUAAAAGACUCAAGCGCGUACGUGCGCAAGACAGCUUUAAUUUCAUGCAUCAAAGUAUUUCAUCUUUCUCCAAAGCAUGUGUUAGACACUACUUUGAUUGAUCAAUUAUAUAAGACUCUUGGAGAUGGAGAUCCCGAGGUUGUCGCGAACUGCGUUGUGGCUUUGAAUGAAAUAUUACAUUCUCAAGGUGGAAUGAACGUUAAUAAAAAGGUUGCUCUGUAUUUACUUCAGAGAAUUCGUGAUUUCAAUGAAUGGCACCAGUGUUUAAUAUUGAACACGCUAGUUAGAUAUAAACCUAAUGAAGAAGAUGAAAUAUAUGAUAUAAUGAACCUUUUGGAUGACAGGCUCAAGCAUCACAAUAGCGGUGUGCAGUUAGCUACAAUGAAAUUAUUUAUAUAUUUAACUAUUAAUAUCCCAGAAAUUCAGGAGGAUUUGUACAAAAGAGUUAGGGAACCACUGUUGACGUUAUUGUCAUUGGGCAAUCCGGAAAUUGCAUACUCGUGUUUAGAACAUUUAAUUUUAUUGGUGAAAUUAGCACCUCAAUUAUUUCAGCCUGAUUAUAAACAGUUUUAUCGAAGGAUAAAAGAACCGUCAUUUGUUACUUUAAAGAAAUUAGAAUUGCUUCAAGAAGUUGCUACAGAUAUCAACGCCAAAGAAAUUGUCGAUGAAAUUAGUUGUUAUAUCACUAGUGAUAAUGGAGCCAUUGCGAACAAAUCAAUACAAACUAUAUCUAAUAUUGCUAUACGCAUCGGAAGCAUAUUGACUUAUUCCCUCGAAAUUUUCAUAAAAUUAUUGGAAACCGGCAAAGAUAAUAUUGUGUCCGGUAUUAUCACGAUACUUGAAGAUUUAUUAAACGAAAGCCCUGAUAAGUUUGAUGGGCUACUCUCUGUUUUGCCAUCUAUUUGGGCAUCUGUAGACUUAACAUCGCCUGCAGGACCGGCAUUUCUAAAUCUUUUAAUGACUGUUGGAAAUACACUACCAGAAACUCCUUAUAUUUUAGAAUCUUUAAUUGAAGAUAUAGAAAAUUAUCCAGAAACAUCAUUUCGCUUGCAACUUCUUAAUUCUUCAGUAGCUCUAUUCUUGCUACGACCCGCAGAAUGUAAGGAUAUGCUGGCAAAAUUAUUUAAGUACACUAUGAAAUCAACAGAACAUUUAGAAGCCAAGAAAAUUUUCGAUUUUCGACAUGAAACUACGAAAAUUUCAAAUAAAAAUUCAUGGAAUGCUACAAAGGGUCGUCCAUUGUACGAAUUCAAUACACUAUCUAUCACUUAUGGGAAGCCGCCAGAACAAUUUAUAGCUGAUACCGGGCCAACUUUUUAUUGGCAGAAUAAUCAAGAGAUUGAUUCGCAAUUUUCACCUACUCUGGAAUUUGAUACAGCUAGCGAGCAUAAUAGAGAUACCUUUACACUAUCAAGCGAGAAUCCAAUCGACGCAGACGCCAAUGUUUUCAAGUCAUGUUGGAGUAAAUUUAUAAGCAGUGAUCAAUUAGAAAUAUCACUCCCAGAAACGUCUAUGCUUGUAAAAUCUUUGACACCUGAUGACAUUGAAGAUGUAUUUAAGGAGAGUAACAUUUUUACUAUGGCUUCAGGAAAUACGGGAGAUGUAUUGAAAUUCUUUUUAUAUGCUAAAGAGGAAAAUUCUCAUGUGUUGAUAUUAUGCGAGUUGAAAAUUAAUAUACAUCUAGCAUCAGCUAAUAUUAACAUUAAAACAGGAUACUUACCACAAGAUAAAAUUGUUUCAGAUGCACAGGAAACAGAAUUAUUUAAAUAUUCACAACAUUUUUCACAUUAUUUAACUACAUGUUUACAAAAUUUGAAGAAUUUAAUAGAGUAUCAGACAUUUUUGGACAGUGAGCGAAUAUACACAUGCUCUAAAUGCCACACACACCUUGCUGAACACAAAGAACUCAUUUCUAAAGCAUUCCAAGGCCGACUUGGACGUGCAUACUUGUUCAAUGCAGUUGAGAAUGUUUGUCUUGGACAAAAAGAAGAUCGUACACUUAUAACUGGAGUACAUACUGUCAAAGAUAUAAGUUGUAUUGGUUGUAAUACUGUUAUUGGGUGGAAAUAUGUACAUGCUUUUCAAGAAGAUCAGAAAUACAAAGAGAAUAAAUAUAUAGUAGAGAAAGCAAUGAUUCUGAAAGAAAACAAUUG